CCUCCGGUUGCGGCGGGCGAGGACACGUCAGGGGACAUAAAUAAAUAAAUAAUUCCAUUCACCCGGUGACGGCGCGGCGCACCGGCUGCAGCCAGUUGGGAACGGAGACCCGCAGCGCCCGCCCCGUGCCGGGGACCAGGAGUCAAUCUAAGAUGUGACGUUUUCCUGUGAAACCUUAGACACAAGAAUCUUGGAAACCAAAGGACUCUAGGACUCUGUGCCAAUAAAGCUGCCUCACUGAGGAUGAAUUAUCUUGAUUGCUGUUAUAUUUGGCAUUGAGAAGAAGGCAGGGAGGAGAGGAGGUCUUCAGCUGCUACUCUUCAGAAAUAAUCCAGAAGCCGCUCUACCUCUCUCCCUUUGUGUUGCCUUCAAAUAUCACACGUCGAGGAAUAGUGACUAGGCUCAACAAUUCCACACAUAAUCCAAAGAAAUCUGUUCAAGUGGGCAUCUGUCAACAGGUUACUUGAAUUUCAAAUAGAGGAGCAGAAAUGCCACCACCAGUGGGUGCUCCAUCAUAUCCACCUCCUGAUGGAGGAUGGGGAUGGAUAGUGGUUGGAGCAGCUUUUAUCUCCAUUGGAUUUUCGUACGCGUUCCCCAAAGCCAUCACGGUAUUCUUCAAAGAAAUUCAACAGAUAUUCAACACUACCUACAGCGAAAUAGCAUGGAUAUCAUCUAUUAUGCUGGCUGUUAUGUACGCAGGAGGUCCUGUAAGUAGUGUUCUGGUGAAUAAGUACGGUAGCCGGCCGGUGGUGAUGGUAGGAGGCCUGUUGUGCUGUCUGGGGAUGGUCUCGGCUUCUUUCAGCACCAGCGUCCUACAGCUCUACCUAACUGUGGGAUUCAUCGGAGGUUUGGGUCUAGCCUUCAACCUGCAACCGGCCUUAACAAUCAUUGGCAAAUACUUCUAUAAGAAACGACCCAUGGCGAAUGGGCUUGCCAUGGCAGGAAGUCCUGUGUUCUUAAGUACAUUGGCUCCUUUCAAUCAGUACCUUUUUAAUACUUUUGGCUGGAAAGGAAGCUUCUUGAUUUUGGGAGGUAUAUUGCUGAAUGCCUGUGUGGCUGGGUCCCUCAUGAGGCCCGUUGGACCCAAACAAACUACUAACAAGUCUAAAAAUAAGAUUGGCAUAAAAGUGGAUGAAUCAGGUGGGAAGAAAAGCAGUAAGAAGAAAUCAACAUGGGAAAAAAUUAAUAAAUAUUUAGAUUUCUCUCUUUUUAAGCAUAGGGGAUUUCUGAUAUACUUAUCUGGAAAUGUCAUUAUGUUUCUAGGGUUUUUUGCUCCCAUUAUAUUCUUGGCUCCAUAUGCUAAAGACAAGGGAAUUGAUGAGUAUUCUGCAGCAUUCUUGCUGUCUAUUAUGGCUUUUGUUGAUAUGUUUGCUAGGCCUUCUGUAGGAUUAAUUGCAAACUCCAGAUUUGUCCGACCCCGAAUCCAGUAUUUCUUCAGCUUUGCGAUCAUGUUCACUGGAGUGUGUCAUCUCUUGUGCCCGUUGGCAGAGGACUACACAAGCCUGGUGUUUUAUGCUAUAUUUUUUGGCCUUGGAUUUGGGAGCGUUAGCAGUGUCCUCUUUGAAACUCUCAUGGACCUUGUUGGUGCUGAAAGGUUUUCCAGUGCUGUGGGACUCGUCACAAUCGUGGAGUGUUGCCCAGUUCUUCUUGGCCCUCCUCUUGCUGGUAAAUUGGUGGAUGAAACUGGACAAUAUAAAUACAUGUACAUAGCCUGUGGUGCCAUUGUGUUGCUGUCCAGUGUGUGGCUGCUCAUUGGCAAUGCUAUAAACUAUCGAUUGCUUGCAAAGGAAAAGAAGUUAGAAGAAGCAAAAAAGAAGAAAAUGCGUAAACCUGAGUCCAGAGAAUCGGAGCCCUUGAAUAAACCUAAACAUUGCGAUGUUAAUGUCGAAAGUACGAGCACAGAAGGUCAUCCCUCAGAAAGAGAAACUAAUAUUUAACAAGAAUCACAUCUCUGACUUCAGUGUUUAUGACUUUCUUAGGAGCAUUUUUUUUUCCAAAAUAUUGGAAAGGUUUUUAGUUGAAAUGAGGAGUCAUAAUUAAGGAUGGAAAUGAGAUUUUCCUCAAUGGCAAAUUUCAAAUGUUUGUUUUUUAAAACUUAUUUGGGCAGUUAAAUGUUGAGAUUAUGCAUAUAAAGAAUCCAUGCAAUGGGUUUAUUUCCGUACAUGACUCUGGUUGUGGUGGUUAAAAUAAUUUUAAAGUCUUCCAGUGACUUCCAGUCUUGGUUAUAGAGACUGAAUCCCAAACCCCUGGUUUAAGCAGUUAGAAGGAGUGUGUUUAACUGUAUAGGAAUAUCCUCUCCACAUUUCAUUUUUUAUUUGAUAUUAAAGUGUAAAAUGGAUUAAAGGAAAAUGAAUUUUCCCCUCGUGUGCCCACGCAUACACACACACACACACCAUCACAUACUUCUGCAUGUGCACACAGAGUAUCUGGAGAACAAAAGACAAAUAAGUUCCAAAAAAAUAUUAUCACCAUGCUUUUUUUUUUACUUAAAAAAAAAUCCAUCGAGAAAAGAAGAAAUGUAUUAUAUCUGCAUUCUGCUUUACAAUGCGGAUUUUAAAGAUAAGAACAUGGGUGAAGAUGAGGGUGAUCUUAAUUUGAAAAUGCAACUAACUGCUGUGAAAAAAAAAAGCAUUUGCAUAUAUAAAAGAAAUUUGAAAAAACAACCACUCCAUUUUAAACCAUUAUUUCUGAGCACUGGUAGAUUUGAUUCAUCCAUGUGCACGACUUCUUUGAGAAGGGAUAUUAGUACCUGGUGCUAGAGAAUAGAACUCUUAAAUAAUUUUCAGAAUUCUUACCUAAUAUGUAAAUCAAAUUAAAAGCCUAAAUGACUCCUAGCAAUGAGUUAUGUUCAUUGAUUUUUAAAGGAUUUUAGUUAGCAUUCCAGAAAAUAGUAACCAGGGAUUUCUUUUAACCAGAACUCAAUCCAGUCUCACUCUCAUACUGAGACAUCAAAGUGGAAUCAACCGGAAGCCUGGUCGACAGGCUUACAAAUUGGCCACAUUCUUGUUUUUCCCAGCACACAGCCAUGAUUAGAGGGUUACUGUUAAGAGUAAUCCAUUUGAGUAAAACUAAAUGGGAGUUGCUUAUAAUGAGCCCUCUAAGCUCUCUCAUUUCCCUCCCCUCCCCAAAAUGCAGAAGCAAGAAACAGAAACACGAACAGGCUUUUUACUCAGCCACUGGAAAUGCCUCAUAUUAUACGAAUGGCAGCACUUGAAAAUUCCACCCUCUAAACUGAUUAGAUUUCCUACUGCCUGUGAACCCAACUAAACCAAGAGACUGUUGACAAGGCUUCUAGAACUGGAGGGUGUAUGUGACUUGGUAUACACUUGUGAAGUGUAGGUAAAAUGUAUAACACGAUAACAUGAAGCUUGCAAUGCUGCAACCCAGGUUAACUUAGCAGUUUCUCAUUUUCGUAACUAUGUGAAAACAUCUCUGGGAAUUGAAUCACUCUUGAAAACAGAGGCAUAUGAUAGUUCUGUGCAAUCAGAACUAUAAAUACCAUUUCGAGUGAUAAAGUACUUUUAAACAAGAAAGAAGUUGUGGUUAUGGUUAAUUAUGGUUAAGAAUUAUGGUUAAAGUUAUAAAUAUUUACAUCUACAAAUCUGAAGUUUAAAUUGAGAUCGUGAUUAACAAAAAGUGUUCUGUCCUUGAUUAUUGAAGUAAUGUCACUCAAACUGUCAACAGGAAUUUGCUGUUCCUUUGCAACCUGAGUACCAAGCUUUUGUGAUAACAUUAAGGAUUUGAUAUGUGAAAUUUACGCACUGUUUAAGCAUGUGGCUUAUAGUUAGGAGGCUCUGUAAAAUUCCAUAUUUCAUUUAAUAUUCACUUUUUUGCAUAUGAAGAGGUAUUUAUAUUUUUCAAAUGUAAGUAAAACAAUAUGUGCCAAACCAUGGGUAAAUAAAUCAGGGAAAAUGUGGCAGUAUAUGGCUGUUUUUAAUUUAGUUUCACCCAAUCUUGAGUCUUGACCGAGCUAUGUUUAUAUUAUUAGCACUUUUGUAUUCAAUUCUGACUCGUCAUAAGAAAUGUGACAUCAUAAAUUGUGUAGUAGCUCUCCAGUCCUGAACAUUUCCAAAAAAAUGUCUUGAAUUCCCUAAAGAUGUGUGUUUCAACUAAUACAGAUAUCAGACCCCAGGGGGACAUAAACAGCCAAGUAUGGUCGAGGAGUUUUAGGCCUAAGGCUAUAGUCCUUUUGAUCACCUGCUGGUGAGAAAGCUGGUGGGUGCACUCCAGUGGCUUUCUCCAUGGAAGGAGGCUUAUUUACUGACUGAUGAGUUUCUUGUCAAGUCACCACCAGUUUAUAUUUGUUCUGUUGCUCUUUGGUCAUGGUCAUCAACCUUGCAUUUAUAACACUGAUUCUAUUUAAUCGUUAAAAAAGGAAGGAAGGUCAAAUUACACAUUUGAAGCACAUGAUGUGGUUAGACAGUCAUACGUAGCAGUAACACCGCAAGUUACAAAUAUGCACAAUAUUAAUUCUCCUAUAUAAAUGUUGAAAAUUAAAUCAGAACAUACCUGAAACAGGGACGUAAACUCACAUACAGGCUUCAGAAUUGUUCCAGGGUAAAAUAAAUUUUUCUGGUUGUUCACUCUCCCCACUCCCUUGAACUUGUUAGAAUAUUUGUUGCUUUAAUAGAAUCUUUCAAAGAUUGAAAUGAGAAUAUCAACCUAGAACAUUCUUUAUUGUAUAGUCAUAUAAAUGAAAGAGGAAACAUAGUUGGCUUCUGUGUCUGCAAUGAUUAGUGCAAAAUAUAUUUCUUCCCCUAGGGAAUGACAGGUUUUAGAUGUUCAAGGUAUCAUGAAGCAAAGUCAGUACACCAUUAAAAUCCCUUUUAGUCCCAUUUAAUCGCAUUUCCCCAUUAUGGAAUUGUACAGAAAGAUGGUUAUCAUAAACCAGAGUACCAAAAUAAUUCACGUUCACUGGCUAGUUUAAGUAUUUUUCCAUUUGUGAUAACUGAGCAUCCCUCAUUUUUCACCGUUUAACCUUAAAUAUGCCUUCAGUAAUUUAUGAAUGGAAUAUUCGGUAUAGACUUGUCCUGACCUAUCCCCACGAUUUUUCCUGAUCCUUUUUGGAUCCAAUCAGCGCACAUUUAAGAAGCAGUGGGUCAGCCUCUAGUGUAUUUCACGUUGGAAAACAUGAUAUUUUCUCAAUGUAAAUUCACAUGGCUCGUAAGUUUCACUUCUUUAGUACCGAGUUCCAACAGCUUCAUCUCCCCCACACACACACUGGACACUAGGAAAUAAGUAAAAUAAUUAGGUUUGAUAUAUUUGAAUGUGCACUUUAAAAUCUACAUAUUUCUUACUCAUCCUUUUCUGGCUGCAUCUGACAAUUAAGGAUACAGAAAAAAGACCACAAGGUGUAUGACGUAAAUGUAAGUUUUUCUAUUAAUGUUAUAAAAUGUAGAGCCAUCCUUAAUCAGUUAGUUGAAACUUAUUUUCCAUCCAAAAGUACCCUUUUUAAAAAAAAAAAAAACCCUCUCAUAUGUAUAAUGUUGCAGACUUUUAAUAAAACAAAAUAAAAAAUCAUGAUUGUUAGGCUCAAUUUAAUAGGCAGAAAGGAUGCAAAGUGGGAAGGGAGCUAAUAUUUAUGUGUCAUGCGUUUUGCCUACAUAAUACCUUUUAAUAUUCAACCCACAUCGUACAUAGAGGCUAUUGGCCUGGUAUAAUAGAUGAGUGAAACCAAAAAAAAAACAGUCAUGCAAAGAAGUUCAGCAAGUUAUCCAAAGGUAGUGUGUGACAGAACCAGCAGUAAAACUCAGGUUUAUUUAAAAGCAGAAAGAGCCCCUCAGGUGUUCCAUGCUGCCUCCUCCCAGAAACUGCAGAAGCAGAGGAUGAUAAAAUAUAGAUACCAGCUAGGUUUAACUGCAAUUUAUAUUAUGAUUUAUUUCGUGUUUAUUAGGAACUGCAUUUGCUAUAACCUGAAUAUAUAAUUUUAAGUUGCCUGCUUUUCUAGCCAAUGCAGAUUAGCCCAAAUAAUGGUAAUGAUUAUAUAAUAGCCUUAAUUGUUUUAAUGUGACUUUUUUUCAUAAAAAUAAUAACGUAUUUAUAUGGCUUGGGCCUAAUAUAUUUUCCCUGAGGUUGGAUUUAGAAGAAAAACGUUAUUUUCUUUAUGGAUAGGUAAUUCCCAUUGGUUGUUACUUAUUGUGACUCAAAAAUGAAAAAUACUUACUAUGAAACAUCAUGUUCAGAAUUAUAGUGAUUCCCAUUUAUAGGAUUAUCCCAAGCUACCCAAAAAAUUUUUUAAAUGUUAUAAGAUACAAGUGAUUUGGUUCGUCUAUGCAGUAUAUAUUUAUUUUCAUCAUUCAGUGCAACUUCCCCUACACCCUAACUCAUUUUUUAAGUUUCCCUGAACAUUCAUAUCCUGGUUCUCCUUUCUGUCCAUUGUCCUAUAGAAAGAACAAGUGCCAUUUUGUCCACUCCCUCUAGGAGGAGUCAUCCUUAGAAUACUGUUCUCCUUAGCUCUCUUUCAGAUGGGGCACUUCUGAUGUCU